GUGUUUCCUGGAAUCUAGGCCGUAGUGAGGGUUCUUUGAAAUGUGUCUUACCUGUGCUGUGGUCAGGAUAGGUGAGGAAACAGAAUUGCAGUUAGGUACAGACUGGUCAGUGGACAGCUAGUCUCCGGUGUCCUCUUCCUCUGAAUCUUCACGUGAAGACUGUAUUUGUUUUAACAGCAGCGGGUCUAUGACAACACAGUUUAAGUGAUCAUAUGUGUAUGAGGCUGUCAGCAGCGCCAAAUGGAGGGGUCACACUGAUCUGAACCUCCUUAACCUUCUCUCCUGCUCAUCCCUAUCGUCUUCGCUGGUAUUCUUUGAGAAGAUGUCUGUUCAGAUACCAGACGACUCAGACUUCUCCUCCUUCAAAGAUCAAUGUCUAAACUUAGAUGGAUGGACAAGUCGCUACAAUAAAGGAGGUGUAACGGUCUGGUGUCGAGAUGAGGACAGCAAAACAGUCCAGAAAAUCAAGAUGAAGAUUGUGUGUAAGGAUGUGAAGGCAGAGACAGUCUAUGAUGUCCUGCAUGACACGAGCUACCGCAAGAAGUGGGACACCAACAUGAUCGACACGUAUGAUAUUGCUCGGCUGACGGUCAACGCCGACGUGGGAUAUUACUCCUGGAAAUCUCCUUACCCUCUGAAGAACAGAGAUUUUGUUACUAUGAGGUCAUGGCUCCCUCUCGGCAACGACUACCUGAUCAUUAAUUACUCUGUCAAACACCCGCAACACCCCCCUAAGAAGGACUAUGUCCGAGCCGUGUCUCUACUGACCGGAUACCUGAUCCAGUCCAAUGGAGCCAACUGCUCCACUCUCUACUACCUGACCCAGGUGGACCCAAGAGGUUCUUUACCAAAGUGGGUUGUCAAUAGAGUCUCUCAGUUUGUGGCUCCAAAGGCAAUGAGGAAGAUCUACAAGGCUGCGGUCAAGUAUCCAGAGUGGAAGCGUAAACAUGAUCCAGGUUUGAAGCCAUGGAUGUUUCCAGAACAGAACACACUGCCCAGCAUCGCUGCAUCGGAGCUGACGCUGCAGCGUGCAGACUCUCUGGAGAACAUUGACGAGAGCGGGCUCAGUGAGGAGAAGACUCGCCAUAGCGACGAUGAUGAAAGUUAAAUGCCACCAAGUCUUCCCUCUGUUUGUGUGUGUUUGUUUUAAAAGAGGUGAUGUCAUUGUCCCAUAAUGAGAUCAUCAAUAACUUGUUCAUAAUUCAGCACGAUAUAUUUUUUUCUGUGUGUUCUGUUUGUUUUUGGCAGGUCUAACCAAAUAAAAUAAAAUACAAUAAACAGAUGUAUGAAACUU